UAUAUAUAUAUAAGGCAACGUUUUGUUGCGUCUGGAGCAAGUGAAGAAAAAGAGAUAUAUAGAAGAGAGAAAGGGUAACUAAUUCGGUAUCAAAAUUCGGUUUGUCUUCUCAGAAUGGCGAGUUCAGAUCAAUCAGAGAAACCACAACAACCAGUGAUGGUAGUUGCAAUCGACGAGAGUGAACACAGUGCUUACGCUCUCAAAUGGACUCUCGAUCAUUUCUUCAACGACAACAAUUCCCUUUUCAAGCUUGUUCUUCUUCACGCUAGACCUUCCGCUACUUCUUCUGUUGGUCUCGCUGGCCCUGUGUAUGCAGGAGCUGCUGAGGUUUUGCCGAUGGUCGAUUCUGAUUUGAAAAGGGUUGCUGCUAGAGUUGCUGAUAGUGCUAAACAGCUUUGCAUUAAGAAAUCGGUAAAUGAUGUAAUAGUGGAGGUGGUGGAAGGUGAUGCUAGAAAUGUUCUCUGUGAUACAGUGGAGAAACACCAUGCUUCAAUAUUGGUUGUGGGUAGUCACGGUUAUGGGGCUAUAAAAAGGGCGGUUUUAGGUAGUGUGAGUGACUAUUGUGCUCAUCAUGCUCAUUGCACCGUGAUGAUUGUAAAGAAGCCAAAAACCAAGCACUGAUCUAUACUGCCAUAUCCUUCAAUAAUAAAUAUGUAAUCCUUUCUGCAAAAGUAAAAUAGCAAUAUUCUCAUAAAGUUUGUCACUUAGUUUGUCCUAUUGGCAUAUUGGCUUUGUAGUUUGUGAUAGAAAGUAUGUAACUGUUGGAUUGUUGUUGCUCCUACUGUGGCCCUUACUUUAUUUUCUAUAUGAAAAACUCAGGUUAAUGUGUCUAUAAAAAGUGUUUUUCUUUUUCUGAAA